AUGGAAAAGAAAGAAGAAUUGAAAAAAAAUAUAAUUAACGUUCAUCAGCGAUUAGGUACAGAUACAUGUAUUACUGCAGAAGAAAUGGAUACACAAAGACUGAAUACAAUUACUUAUGACUAUCUUUGUAGAUUAGAAGAAGCAAAAAAUUGGAUUGGUGAAAUUACAGUUCUGCCUGAAUCUUUUGAAGAAUUUGAGGAAGAGAUGAGGAAAGGUGUUUUUCUUGCAGAAGUGGCUAAGCAUUAUUCUCCUGUUAGUGUGGGUUCUAUUUUUAUAGAUAAUACACUGCAAUAUAGACAUACUGAUAACAUUAACUUUUUUUUAAAAAGUCUUAAGGAUAUUGGACUACCUAAAUAUUUUUAUUUUGAAGUAAUUGAUUUAUAUGAGAAGAAAAAUUUUCCAAAGGUUGUCUAUUGUAUCCACGCCUUAGCACACUAUUUAAGAGAUAAAGGUAUGACUGGUGGAAUUGUUAGUGCUGCAGGAAAGGUAUUUAAAUCUGAAGACAUAGAAAGAAUGGAUAGUGAAUUAUUAAAUGUUAAAAUGCCAAGAUUUGAUAAUAUACAAAAGGAUAUUGCUAGUCACAAAGACUCAGAUGAAGAAGAAGAUUUAGAAGUUGUGAAAAAUAAAAUAAGGACAGAACUCUUAGAAGAAGAAAAUUUAAUUAUUGAAAAUAUUCAAAGGGAUGAAGAACAAUCUAAAAAUAUAAAUUUAUCUUUUAAUGAUAAGAUAUGUUUAAAAUUUAAAUCAUUUCUGUAUGCGAAAGCCUUUGAUGAUAUUUAUUAUCACACCAAUGUGUCUGUUUAUGAUAUUAGAAAGUUUAUGUUUAUAUUUUUUAGAAAAUCGCAAGAAAUGGUUAAGGAAAAAUCUAUUGAUGAUUUUCAUACUAAAAUUAAUGAUAAAUUGAAAGAAAUUUACCGUAAAGAGGUUUAUCUUGAAGAUAUUGAAUCUAGAAUACGACUUAUGAUUAAAAAUAAAUUGGAUCUUUACAAAAUUACUUACAAGAAAUCUGUUGAUGAAAAUUUUAACUUGAAACCAAUACAAUCACUUUUACAAUAUUUACAAACCAAUCCUGAUGUAUUAUCUAAUUUACUUUUUAAAGUUGAAGAUAAAGAGAAUUUUAUUAGUACUGUCAUAUUACCUCUUUUUAACAAUGUUUAUGGAAAGAAAGAAGAAUUUUUAUUUAUUAAGUUAGUAAUGGAAGUACAUUUGCAGUAUAGAUUAUCUAAUAUUGAAAAUGUUGACAUGAGCUUGCAAACUUUUAACGAUGUCAGUUAUCGCAUGAUGGUAAAUUAUUUUAGAAUAUCUAAAGAAGGAGAAUAUUUUAAACAAGCAUUAUUUUCUAUUGUUAAAAAUUUAGAAAAUGUUGAAAUUGAAUGCAAUCCUACGGAAAUUUACAAGCAGUUAUUUAAUACUGUAAAAAGUCUUGAUGAAGCAUUAGAAAACAAAAGAGUUAUGGAAUUAUAUCAAACACGUCUAAGUGUAUUGAGAGGAGUUUUAAAAUCUAUAUUUGAUUUUAUACAAAAUAAUGUAAAUAAUAUUCCUUUUAUAUUGAGAUAUUAUUUAAAAGAAACAGGAACAGAAUUUUUUUUAAAAGAUUUUAUAUAUCCUUUUAUUCUUGCUGGUGAUGUAUUUGACUCGAGAUUUAAAAUUUCCUCGGCUGUACGAAACAAAGCUUAUAAAUUAAUAAAUUUAAUUUCUUGGUUUAUAAGUAAGUUUAGUGCAGAAAAUGAUAUUAAUGUGAUUUCUGAGGAUAUGACUGUUUAUCUACCAAUUUAUGAUUUUCUUAAAGAAACAUGCAAUAAGUAUUGUAACACUCUUGAGUUAAUAACAAAAGUACAAUCAUUAGAAUAUUACUUUCAAUUAGAAUCUCUUGAUGAGUUGGUGCGAGUUCAGAAAUCUAUGAUUUAUUUACCAGUUCGUGUUGUAAAUGGAAUUAUUUCAGUUGUAUUUGAAAAUCAAGACUUAUUUACUUCAGACUUACUAGCAGAUUUAGAAUCUAUAUCUGAAGAUGAAAAUGUUAUAUUAACAUUUAGUUUUUUGAAUUCUGAUUGGGUUAAUCAAGUAGAUGGCAGAGAACUAGCAGUUGAUAAUUAUAUUAAAAAAACUAAGAAGAAUCUUCUUGUACUAAUUAAAAUAUGCAAAGGAAGAAAUGUUUUAGAACUAAUUUUAGGAAAUACUACUGAAGAGGAAAGAAUGUUGUAUGAACAAGAAGUUCAAAUGUUAAAUGUUCCUUCAGAAAAUUACAUUGAAUUUGAUAACAUUGAAGACUUGAAAGAUGGUCUUCGUGAAGAUUUGAAAUUUUUAGAAGAAAAAGGAAUUGUCAGUAAAUCUAACUUGUAUUCUGAGAUAUUAGGCUUAUUAGCUCAAGAUAUUAUAUCCUUAAGAUUUUUCUCUUUAGAAAGAAGUAGAGAAUUAAAGCUUAACGAAUUGACUUAUAAUAAUUUAUUGACAAAGGAGGACUAUUUAGAUGCUAAAAUUAUAGAAUAUGAUGAUUAUAUUGAUUCUUAUUGUAGCAGAAUGGCUAUUAAAAAGGUUAGAUAUGAUUCUAAUAGUCUUAUUGUUAAAUUAAGUAAAGAGAGUAUAUAUGGAUCCUAUUGUUUUACUGCUACGGAAUUAUUAAAAAGGAAGGUUCUUGAUCAAAUGUUUGAAAUUCCUGAUUUACGAGAUGUUUAUUUUAUAAUAACGAGUGAUAAACCACUUAUGUUUGGUCUUGAGGUAUACAUUAAUGACUUAUUAAUUUCUAGUCCUUACAAUUUCAGAUUUGAAGAUGUUUUAGCGCUAAAAAAAUUCAAAAACAAUUCUUUCGCCAUUCCCGAUAUUUGUAGUUUUAAUACUGAAAAUUUUAUACAACUUUUAAAUGAGAAGUAUUUGAUUUCUAAUUAA